AAACAUUUCCGCGCACGCGCAGACGCCGCGGGGUGACGGCAGCCCGGCUUAAUUUCGUCCUCCUCUCCGUGCCGUCCCGGUGCGGAGCGGCGCCAGAGCCGGACCCAGCUGACGCCCUGACGCCCUGACGCCGCAGAGAUAUGACCAACAAGCAGACAAGAGGCUCGUCAACCACCCACAUUUCAAUUCGGGGUCACAAGUUUGGAAAUAUCAUCCCGGUUCCGACUCUGUCUGCAGCUGCGCUAACGAGCCGCCUGGAGACCGCUUGAGGAGACCCUGGUCCUGGCCUAGACCCGUCCCGCCACGUAGCCCCGCCCACUGCCUGAACAUGUUUGCACCCACUCCCUACACUCAGAGGGCAUUCCGAUCCUCGGCCAACGAUGACCGCCAUGUCAUGGCCAAGCACGCCAGCAUCUACCCGGCCCCCAAGGAGCUGGAGGCGGUACAGACGAUAGUGUCCACGGUGGAGGAGGCCCUCAAGAAGGUCUCUGAUUGGCUGGAUGGCCCCGGGAGGUCCUCCGACGUGGGCGAUGCCAAAGUGGACGAGGACGCCACCAAGCUGGACGCCACGUCCACACUGUGCGGAGUGAACAGGGUGGGUCUGCUGUCCAAAGGCCUGCUGAUCAAAGACGACAUGGACCUGGAACUGGUUCUGCUGUGCAGACAGACACCCACCCGGCUGCUGCUCCGCACCAUCAGCGCCAAUCUGCCCCUUCAGAUCCAGACGUUGACGGAGGCCAAGUACGAGGUGCGCUCCUGCAUUCCCGAGGCCGCCAUUUUGGUGUGCAGCACUCAGGACCCACGCCUCAGCCUGAAGAUCACUCUGUCCUGCUCGGACACGAGGGCGGAGCCGAACGGCGCACAUCCAGUGGGGGCCGACAGCGAGACGCCGCCGAGCGAAGACGGCGACGACGGCGUCCUGGACGGCGAGAAGUGCCGGGCGGCGCUAGCCUCGCUCCGACACGCCAAAUGGUUCCAGGCCCGAGUGUGUCCUCUCAAGUGGUGUGUGCUGGUGCUCAGGCUGCUCGGAGACGUGUGCAACCGACUGGCGGCGUGGAGGCCGCUCAAAGGAUGGCCUCUGGAGCUCAUCUGUGAGAUGGCCGUGGCCACCUGCAGUGACCCCGCGGGGCCAGCGGAGGCGCUGCGACGCGUUUUGGAGUACAUCGCCUCGGGGAUUCUCCUCCCAGGAGGUCCAGGAGUCCAGGACCCCUGUGAGAAGGAGCCCACUGACACUGUAGGUCACCUCAGCGGCCAGCAGGCUGACGCCGUCACGCACAGUGCACAGCACGCUUUAAGACUCCUGGCCUUCGGACAGCUUCACAAGGUCUUGAACAUGGACCCCCUCCCCAGGGGCCGGCCGUCGUCAGGACUCGUGGAAGGCAGCCGUCAGAAGCGAGUCCGCGGCACCAAAGACGACAACCACGAAGACGGAGACCUGCUGAAGAGGAUGAGAGUGCUGGACUGGAGGAUGGCGGACCCCAACCACCCCAUGAACGCUCUCAUGCGCCUGAACCAGGUCAGGCCGGGCCUCCAGUACCGCCUUCUGUCCCAGUCCGGCCCGGUCCACGCGCCCGUCUUCACCAUGGCCGUGCAGGUCCAGGGACACGUCUACCGGGCCAGCGGGACCUCCAAGAGGAGCGCCAAGCUCCAGGUGGCCCUCAAGGCGUUGAAGGCUCUGGGCUGCGGGCCGAGCGGCGAGGCCGACUCGCUCAGUGCCGACGAGAAGUCUGACGGUGAAGGAAAGAACGACAGGAUGUCCAUCACGUCUUCCACCGACUCACAGGAAUCCAGAGCUCCAGGUCCCCUGCUGACGGCGAGAGGGAAAAAUCCCGUGAUGGAGCUGAACGAGAAACGCCGCGGCCUCAAGUACAAGCUGGUCUCCGAGAGCGGCGGCAGCUACGACAAGCGCUUCAUCAUGGAGGUGGAGGUGGACCAGCAGGUGUUCCGCGGCACGGGUCCCAACAAGAAGGCGGCCAAAGCCGGCGCCGCCAUGGCCGCCGUCAGCAGGUUGUUUGCCGGGUCCAAGUGUGCGGGCGCUAAGAAGAAGAGAGUCAUCCCGCCGCCAAAGCGACCUAUGACCUCGGGGCUGACGCUCCCGCCGCUGGCCGCGGGGCCCUUGCAGGUGUCCCUCGUCCCCAGAGCGCCCUUCGCCAGCAUGCAGCCCCCCCACCCAUACCUCCCCUCAGGCUUUGGUUCUCCGUUUGGCUUCAGCCCCGCCGGACCCCUGCCAGGAUACGGCCGUCUGUACCGGGACGGCGCCUUCUACCAGCCGCAGACUUUGGCCCCGCCCAUCAUCAUCCACCUGGGCCCUCAGGACCUUUUCUGACAGACUCUGUCGCCACGGAGACGACGGGGUUGAAAAACCAAAAGCAAUAAGGAGGACGACGCCCCCUUUCUGUCACAUGACCGUGUGGUAACUUUUUCCAAUCAAAGCAAUACUUCCCAACAUGUGAAUAAAUACUUUUACUGUUAGCGUGUUUAGAAAACUGUCAUGUAGACUCGUCUAGUGCAGGGGGGCCCCAAACUUCUUCCACCGAGGGCCACAAACUCACCAAUCAAAACAUGCGAGGCCAUUUUGCUAGUUUUCACCUCCAAACUCGGUACAAAAUAUAGUUUUUUUUUCUUACAAAGGGUUAGAAAAAUGCAAUUUUUGGUCAUAAGUUUGUGAGUGCCGAAGAGCUAAAGCAGAACCGAAAUGCUAACAGUUAGCAAGCUGGCCAGAUAUCGUCAAGUAGCAAAAAAUAUGAGCAAAAUUAUCUAAAUAAAAUACUAGCAUGCUAACACUACUAUGCUAAUAAUAGCAUUUUUACAGUUAGCAUUAGUGAAACACCAAAAUAUAAGAUAUUGUGGUAUAUACCUGUUAAAUUAGCUUAAAAAGCUCGCAUGCUAAUAGUUAGCAAGCUGGCCAGAUAGCGUCAAGUAGCAAAAAAUACGAGCAAAAUUAUCUAAAAAUACUAGCAUGCUAACAGUACUAUGUUAAUAAUAGCAUGUUUACAGUAAGCAUUAGUGAAACACCAAAAUAUAGGAUAUCGUGGUGUAUACCUGUUAAAUUAGCUUAAAAAGCUAACAGUUAGCAUGAGUGAAACAGAAAAAUAUAGAACGUUGAGGUGUGUACCUGCGAAAUUAACUUGAAAAGCUAGCAUGCUAAUAUUGACAUGCUUACAGUUAGCAUCAGUGAAACGCCAAAAUAUAUGACAUUGAAGUGUGUACCAGUUAAAUUGAUUUUAAAAAAGGUAGCAUGCUAAUGACAACAUGCUUACCGUUAGCAUUAGUGAAACCAAAAUUUAGGACAUUGAGGUGCGGACCUGUUUAAUUAGCUUGAAAAGGAGAGUUCCCUCGGGAAAAUUUUAAAAAAUUUGAAUAUGUCAAGUACCAAAAUAUAUUACUCAAAGAUGUGUAAUUGAAAAAUGUGUUUAAAAUGCUAGGAUGCUAACAUUAGCAUGCAUCAAAAAUCUAAAUAUAAAAUUACCUGAAAAAAGUCUAGCCUGCUAAUAGCUAUCAUUCGUCAAGAAACUAAAUAUUUGACGCUGAUUUGUGCACUGGAAACAUCUGUUUAAUAUGCUAAGAUGCUAAUAUUAGCGUGCUAGCGAUUGUGGAAAUGGCCCCCCCCUGGCCGCACUUUGGACCCCCCUGUUCUACUGCAGUGAAAUAUUGACCGUUUAUCGUGGAUAAAUUGUACAUUUUAUAAGUGUUGCUGUUUUUUUAUAACCCUGGCGCGAGUGGAACAUCCGCCACGUCAUAGCGGAUCUACAUGCGGCCCACUUGUGCCCCCUAGUGGCCGUGGUUCAUGCCUUCAUGUUUGUGGAAUAAAAACGGACUAAAUAU